AGGAAAGGCAGGAACGAUGCUUGGGACUGUAGGUAGCGCGACCUACAACUCCCAGAAGCCUCUGAGGGAGAGCCCGGCACCAGCAGCCAAUCGGAGCCCGCGCUGCCGCGCUAUAAAAAAUGGCCGCGGAAGGGUUUCCGCCUCUUUCGGCCAUGGCGGCGAGCUGGGGAGGUUGUGUGGCGGCCAUCGGGGACCAUCCACUGCCAUCCGUCGUCGCCGGGGCUCUCCCGCUGCUCGGCUCCGCCGCAUCGGCGCCCCAUGGGCAUCCCGUCCGGCGGAGGCGCUUAGAAGGCAGCGAAGGGCAGCGCGGCCUUGCCCCCGCCCUCAGGCCGGGCCCGGCCCCCGCUCAAGACUCUUCUUCCCCAGCAGUAUCGUGGCGUAGAAGGAGGUGAUCCCGAGACGUGGGAUGGCUGGUGACAGCCUCAAAUUUGGGCAGGGUCCUGGGUGUUCCAGAGCUCACACAUCUGUUGGAUGAACCCAGCAAUAACUGUGGAAAAAUAUAAGAUCCUGUGCGCCCUGCCCAAGGGCUUCAGCUUGCUUCCUAUAGGACCUGAGUUGUGGGAAAGCUGCAGUGUGGAGCAUGUCUAAGCAGAGGGUGAGCCAUCCCUGAGGGACUUCGUGCUGCAGUGCCAGACUGUUCUUUCCCAGCCCUCUCCUCAGAAGUGAUAGCUCUGCAUAGCCAGAUCCUGGCUCCUUCCAGAGCUCCACUAAGUGGGAUCAGCCACUUCAGGGCUCCACUCACCUGCAGUGGAGGGAGAUGGAGCUGGUUUGGCUCCAGGUAUUGCUGAAGCUCUGGUUCAGAUGCUCCACAUGGAAGAACAGUCUGUUCCAUGGAGUUUUCAGGAAGGGGAUAUUGAAUAUUUGAUUAGAGCAGAGAGCCAGUAAUGUCAUAGUGGUGGGUUUGAUCCCUGUACAGGCCAUUCACUUAAGAGCUGGACUCAGUGAUCCGUGUGGGUCCCUUCCAACUUAAAAUAGUCUCUGUGUGUGAUAGGAGUUAGAAUAAAUGCAAUUAUUUCAAAUCCUUGUGGUGUCUCUUGUGUUUGAGUUGCACUGGGAUGGGGUGAGGCUGGGCUGGCCCUACGCCAUGGAGCCUGAGGAUCCCCUUCCAGUGGAGUUCACCAGUGCUCAGAGGUAAGUUCCUGUGCUUGCUGCAGCACCUGUCAGUGGGAUGUCCCCCUCAGCCCUCCGCAGGGGUCCCUGGAAUACAGAAAUACCGUGGGCCUUCAUGGAGGUGCUAGAGCAGUUUCAACACCCUGAGCUGGAGCCUUGGUGAUUCUGGUUGCCUGUUUUCUCACCAUGGAGAAAAAUGGGUUGUGGGGAACCACAACCUCUGAGUUGGAGCCACUCAUUUCUGUCCCUGGAUGGCUGGGCUGAGGUAAAUUUUUGUCCCGGAAUAUUGAGCUGGUGCCUCUGACUCCUCUAGUCUCCUACUUUGAGGUCUUGAGAGCCCCUUCCUAUGGAGCAUCUCCCAGGAUCUUGGCUCCUGGGGACACCGAUGAGUCUGUGCACUCACUGCCUGACUGUCCCUGUUGUCACCAAAGCCAGGCAAUGGAGACAUGAGAGGCUGCCACUAGAGGUGGACAUGCAGAAUUGGCAUGUGGCAACACUAAACAUCCUGGCUGCAACAAACAGACUAAAUGCCAAUGUGAUUAGAGCUGAACCUGUGCUGCUGCUAAAGUUGGAAAUGCUGGGCUGUUGCUAGGGUUUGUGUUUUGGAGUUUGGUGGUUGGGAAACGGGUAAAUGGAUAAAAAUCGUUUUAAAAGCAAGGGAAUUAAAAAGGCAAGUAAACUAAUUCAGUGGUUUUCCUAAGUGGUUAAAAGAACUAUGCAGCAGCUCCAAAUCCUCUUUUGUAUGUACACCUGGGAAGAAGACUUAAACUUCUUUCCUCAGUGUUAGUGGGAGGGAUGAGGAAGGAGCUGGCAGCUGCUCCCUCCCUGGGGCAGUUUGUCUGUCUGGGUGACUGCAGGGCCAGAGCUGUCCCUGUCCCCAGGUGGGGUGGGGACAAGGGUGGAGACCUGUCCUGUCGCUGCCAGCACACCAGGAGCACGGUGGGUCGGGAUCUAGUCAGCUCAGGCUUGGAGACAGUGAUAGAUUCCCCCCAGGAUCCUGACCCCGAGGGACACUUCCAGUUCUGUGUCAUCGUGCUGGGAGACGCAGCCGUGGGCAAGUGCUCAAUGCUGCGCUGCUUCUGCUUCACUGAUGGGCUGGGUGGGGGUCCUGGUUGGGCAGCCGUGCCAGGCCCCACCGUCGUUGUCAAGUUCUACAGCCAGACUAUCCUGAUGCCACCCACUGGCAAGGCCAAGCUGCAUCUCUGGGACACGGCUGGCUAGGAGCGGUUCAGAUCCAUCAUCGGGUCCUUCUACCUGAGUGCAGCGGGGGUCCUGCUGGUGUUCGACCUCACCAACGGAGCAUCUUUUGAGCAUGUUCCUGAGUGGUAUCACGAAGCUGUGGGGGACCGGCUGCCUGCCUUUGUUCUGGUGGGACACAAGUGUGACCUGGUGGGCGAGCGAGCCGCGUCAGUAGAGAAAGCUGGACACCUUGCUGCCACUCUGGGCAUGGCCUUCGUGGAGACCUCGGCCCUCAGCAACCUCAACAUGGAGUUGGCCUUCCAGACACUGGCUGGAGGUAUCCAGCAGGCACCGGGCUAG